AUGUUUUUAAAUAUUCUGCUAACCUUUGAGGAGAUACAACUAAUUUAUCUCCUUUCUUUCUUUCUUUCUUUCUUUCUUUCUUUCUUUCUUUCUUUCUUUCUUUCUUAUUCUGUCUAUAUCUAUCUAUUCAUCUACCUAGGGAAGGGUCUGCUUGAUUUGAAAGUUACCAUUGGGAAUUCUUUCUUUCUUUCUUUCUUUCUUUCUUUCUUUCUUUCUUUCUUUCUCUGUUCAUAUCUAUCUAUCUAUCCUAUUCUGUUCAAAUCUAUCUAUUUUUGUUCAUAUCUAUCUCUCUAUCUAUCUUCUGUUCAUAUCUAUCUAUCUAUCUAUCUAUCUAUCUAUCUAUCUAUCUAUUUUAGUCUGUUCAUAUCUAUCUAUCUAUCUAUCUAUCUAUCUAUCUAUCUAUCUAUCUAUCUAUCUAUCUAUGUUCUGUUCAUAUCUAUUUUAGUAUAUUCAUAUCUAUCUAUCUAUCUAUCUAUCUAUCUAUGUUCUGUUCAUAUCUAUUUUAGUAUAUUCAUAUCUAUCUAUCUAUCUGUCUAUCUAUCUAUCUAUCUAUCUAUCUAUUUUAGUCUGUUCAUAUCUAUCUAUCUAUCUAUCUAUCGAUCUAUCUAUGUUAUUCUGUUCAUAUCUAUUUUAGUAUAUUCAUAUCUAUCUAUCUAUCUAUCUAUCUAUCUAUCUAUCUAUCUAUCUAUCUAUCUAUCUAUGUUCUGUUCAUAUCUAUCCAUUUUACUCUAUUCAUAUCUAUCUAUCUAUCUAUCUAUCUAUCUAUCUAUCUAUCUCGUUCUAUAA